CUCUGUGUAACAGGCUUCGGAGCACCACUCACGCUUCGCCCUGGGACGGACCACACUCAGUCUAGGCUCGAUUCUCAUUCGGCCAACUAUUGGGGUGGUACGAGAUCAGUCCUAUUAGUAUGACAGAGCUUUCACCUCGAGAUGGCUCUAUCAGCUCAAGCACUUCAGGAGGAGGAGGAGCUGCCGGAUUCCUCUCCAAAUUGACAAGAUCACCCUCACGCAGGCACAAGCCCUUUGGAUCUAACAAUUCCAUUGAUGCGACCCUGUCCCCUCCACACUCUGCGCCACCCCGACCAGGAUUUCAACGGACGACGACUGCGCCCGCAGCGCCCACAACCCUGAAUUCUAUCAAAGCAGAUUCCGUCCCCGGAAGAAACAGUGAUGUGAGCGGCCAGGCUUCGGGCGAUAACAUGGCGCUUCCACUUCCAGUACCUCUGCUCACGAAUGGCACGGUCAGUGGACGAGCGCCAUUGCAAAGAGUUAGCAGCAAAGAUCCUUCGAAUGAAACGCCUGCAACCGCCAAAGGGGAGUUGGAUGUUGCCUCUGCGUUGGCAAUCAAUGGCAUGCUCCCAACUGCUGUAGUUUCGGGCGGCACAAAUACAAGUGCAGUCUAUACACACAUACAAGAGAUGGCAAACAAGAGAAUCGCCACAUUGGAUUACUUGCGUAAGGCGCACGAAGGCAGGUCGUUCUGGUUCAAUACGAUCCAGUUUACCGAAGCGGACAUUACGAAACUACCAUCGUAUACUCCCAGUCGACUGUCACGGCGAGCCGUGAACUACAUGAUAUUGGGAAUGUCUCUUCCCACGAUUUUCGAUCUACAUCCGCCACAGAAUGGCUCCAGCGCAAAUGCAGCCGUUGCGCAAGAUUACUUGAAGAGUCUAAACACUCUGUUGGGCGAAUUCGAGUCAUUCCAACAACUACACCCUCCAGAUGGCAGCACAGCAAGUUCCCUGAGUCGAGCGAGGAUCCCGCAGAUGUUCAAGAGAGCGGCAACGACCUCAAGACCACGCAAAUCAAGUGGUCCGGUAACUGACAUCGGACUUCCUAUGAUCCCGCCCUCGACAUCGCCGCCAAACUUGCCAGAAGUUGGGCAUCACGGAUCCCAACCAUCGAUUGAUGCUACUACAAGCAGUGCGUCUUUCAUUUCCUCGGCGAGCACGUUAGUCACACAAUCACCUUCAGGCGCAAUGUCCUCAGGCAGUUUUCCUACCGUCUCGUCUUUUCCAGCGCCGGCACCAACUGAUGCCCCUAAUUCAACCCUCUUGCCGAACGAAGGCCCUUAUACACAUCUGCAGACACCGCCUCUACCGUUUGUUCCUGACUUCUUUACGGUAUUUGCAACGCUAUGCGAUGCCCUUAUAGAGACGUACCAGAGAUUGCUUCAGAUAUUGACAGGACCAUCCAUCUGUACGCCCGUGCUUGGUGACCUCUUCACCAAAGUCGACGCACGAGUCCGCAAAGUCGUGGUGUCUUCAAUAGUACGAGAAUUCGAGAACACCACACGAGAAAGUGCGAAAAAGGAAAUGAUGGGCCUGCAGAAGGUCGUAUUGGGAGGACUUAUGGCAUGAAAUGGUAACGAUAUCUGAUUUGCUUAUACAACAAUGCUUGAAUAGUAAGGCGUUGGGAAACUUGUAGACCGAAUGCACGGGAUAUGUGAUGACUAGUGAAUGGGAUGUUUUUGAAAGCUCGCGACAACUUCGUACGAGCACAUGAUAAUAUAGUUCUUCUAUCUACCGAUGAAAUGUAUAUUGACG